UGGUAGCAGCAUUGCAGUUGAAAAUGCUUUGGUACACAAUAUCAUUAUGGUUUCUCCGAUUCUUCAGGUAGAAGAAUCUUUACUAUCUCUUGGUAGUGAUGGCAAUGUCGAUGGAGUUUUCUACUGCCUUUUAAUUAAAGUUAAUGCUUUAGGAAAAGAAACUUAUUUGGCUAGAUAUUUUGAGUUUGGCUGUUUUAUUGCAUACUUUGAUAAUAUUGCACAUGGAAAGCUGAAAAAAGAUUUAAUGGUUGAUGAAAUUCUUCCAUAUUGUGUAUUUACAAUAAAGGAUGUUGAUAUGGAACUUGCAUUAAAAAAAGAAACUUUUGGACACAGAACUAAGAGUGGUAUUUGAUUAAGGAUUGUCCAUAAAUUAUGCAACGCAAAAUAUAUUUAAAUAACAAAAGUAGUAGAUAUUAAGCUUUUUUACAAUUUUCAUUUAAGUUAUUGGGGUAUUUUGAUUUUAUUUAAAUUAAGACUCUGCGAGGGAAAACUUUUGAUCUUUUUUGUUUUGUUCAUUGUGAAAGUUUGCGUUACAUAAUUUAUGGACGAUCCCUUACGGAUUUUUUGUCAGAAUGCAAAUUUCUUUUUGCCUUAAAAAAAAAUUAAUACACAAUAAUUAUAUAUGUAUAUGUAUAUAUAUAU